UUGGGUGCAACUGUAAGCGGCGCCGCGCUAUUGGUCCAGAAGCAGCGGAGGGGACCGGCUCCUGCAGCGCGGCGGCUGGGACGCGGCCGGAGCCCGGGAAGCUGCUGCGGGGGCGAUGGCCGCACCGAGCCCGGGGCCCCGCGAGGUCCUGGCCCCCUCCCCAGAGGCUGGAUGCAGAGCAGCCACCUCGACCUCGGUCCGCCGUGGCCUCCUCUGGCGUCUCCGAGACAAGCAGGCUCGCCUUGGCCUGUUUGAGAUUGGCCCGGGACAUGAGCUGCACCAGCUGACAUGCAUGAUGCAGGCAGGGCUAUGGGCUGCCACCCAGGUCUCCAUGGACCACCCACCCACAGUGAGUGGCCCAUCAGUGCCAUGCACCUCCUCGGUACCGAGGGCAAGACCGCGCGGAUGCCAGGGACCGCCCACUGAGGAGGAUUUCUCCGAGGUCCUGACCCAGGUUCACGAGGGCUUCGAGCUGGGCACCCUGGCUGGCCCGGCCUUCGCCUGGCUGCGCCACUCCCUAGGCCUGGCCGAGGAGGACUAUCAGGCAGCGCUCGGCCCAGGUGGCCCCUACCUGCAGUUCCUCAGCACCUCCAAGAGCAAGGCCAGCUUCUUCCUGUCCCACGACCAACGCUUUUUCCUGAAGACCCAGCGGCGUCGGGAGGUGCGGGCGCUGCUCGCCCACCUGCCCCGCUACGUGCAGCAUCUGCAGCGGCAUCCGCACUCGCUCCUUGCGCGCUUGCUGGGAGUGCACAGUCUGCGGGUGGCUCAGGGAAAGAAGGAAUUCUUCAUCAUCAUGCUAAGCGUCUUCUAUCCCGCCGGCCGCAUCUCUGAGAGGUACGACAUAAAGGGCUGUGAGGUGAGCCGAUGGGUGGAGCCAGCCCCUGAGGGUAGCCCCCUUGUCCUGGUGCUGAAGGACCUCAACUUUCAAGGCAAGACCAUCGACCUGGGGCCCCAGCGGAGCUGGCUGCUCCACCAGAUGGAACUGGACACCGCCUUCCUCCGGGAGCUCAACGUGCUCGAUUACAGCCUCCUGAUGGCCUUCCAGCGUCUUCAUGAGGACGAGCGGGGCCCAGGCAACAGCCUCAUCUUCCGCACAGUCAGGUCUGUGCGAGGGGUACAGAGCCCCGAGGAGACGGGGUCCCAGAACCGCCGGCUGCUGCCCGACUCCCCCAACGCCUUACACAUCCUGGACGGGCCGGAGCAACGCUAUUUCCUGGGCCUCGUGGAUCUCGCCACGGUCUACGGGCUCCGCAAGCGGCUGGAGCACCUAUGGAAGACGCUGCGCUACCCGGGCCGGACCUUCUCCACCGUCAGCCCCGCUCGCUACGCCCGUCGCCUCUGCCAGUGGGUGGAGGCACACACCGCGUGACCCGCGCCCGCCGCGCUCCGCAUCUGGACAAUGGGCGCGCACGCCGGGAACCAGGGUUCCAGCCUGGCCCCGGCGGCGGCUUGGGCUCCCCUCGCCUGCCGUUCCUCCCUUGGGCCUCCAGAGGGCAUCAUCC